AUGUCACUCCCUAAACGAUUCAUGGUUUACGAACCAAUGGUACUCCUAUCACCGGGCGCCUUUUCAGAGGCGGCGUGGGUAGCCGUCUUGGACAGCAGCAUGAAACAGGAGAAGGAGUCCUUGUACAGAAUUAUGCUCGAAGCCAUCUCCAAGAUUCAAAAGUCAAAAUUCUGGAUUUUCACGGGGGCGCGACCCGUGGCUGCGCUGCAACGAAGGGCGAGGCCGCCGGGCGAUUUGCGCGACCGCUGGGCUGUUGACCUUUACGCGGGGAUCGGCUACUUUGUCUUUUCGUACGCGAAGCUGGGUAUGAGGGUGCUGUGCUGGGAGAUCAAUCCGUGGAGCGUCGAAGGUUUGCGGAGGGGCGCCCUGCGCAACGGGUGGAAGGUUAGGGUGGUUUGCGGCGAGGAGCUCGCGCGGCCUACCUGUGACCUCGUUGGGGAUGAGCAGAUUGUGGUGUUUGUCGAGGAUAACCAAAAGGCACGAGGCCGAAUAGAGAGCCUGAGGUCGCACCUUGGUAAUCUCGAGGUCCUGCAUGUAAACGGAGGACUCUUGCCCACUAGUAAGGACACAUGGGCGGAAUCAUGGGAGAUGACGUCGACGAGCGCCGAGGCUUGGCUUCACCUUCACGAAAACGUCGGAGAGGAUGACGUGGAGACGUGGCGGGGCCAGAUACAGGACCUCUUUGGCGAGUGGGCGACUAGAGACGGACACGAGAGAAGGGCCGAGAUUGAGCAUGUGGAAAAGGUGAAGACGAUUGCGCCGCGAGUCUGGCACUGCGUCUUUGAUGUAUACAUUACAAGGCUAUCACUAUUAUCUAAAGAAUCCCAAUAA